CUGUACAUUAGCAUGUCCAGCCCCUUGACUGACUCCUGAUGACAAGCUGCCUGGCUCUGUGUCUGCACCAGACUGUAAGGCAAGGCAGCAGGACUGGGAGCUUUAAAGUAGGACUGAGGGGGCAGAGCGCUGAAAGGGCAGGGAGAGGCUGGGAUGCUGUGAGCAUCCAGGGAGGUGCAGAGUGAGUGUGCACUGAGAGCUGGCAAACAGCCCUGAGGGAGCCUGGACCAAUCCGCGAGCUGGGUGCCUGUCCCUGUGAGCAGUGUCCGUCUGCCACUCCUCGGCCGACAAUCCCCACAGUUAGGGUGAUGAAUGGAGAUCUGACACACUGUUUCCCCCAGUGAAUUGUACAUGUCUGCGUGUUCAGUCUGGAGCUGAGUGCAAUGGAAUCUCAGUGCCCACCCUCAGAACCUUUCCCUCCCCUGUAUCCAACCCUCUCCCUCCAGACCAGCCUUAAAUAUGCUCACUCUUCAGGUAUCUGCAAAUUUCCUCACCUGGGUACAGUGAUUCACAAACAAAAACAGGAAUUACUGCAGUUUUGACAUCCUCUGUGGAGAGAAAGCAGAGGUCCCAUCUUGGAUUCAGUGACUCUCCUUCACUAAACCUGUUUGUUCUUCAUGUCGCUGUCUGUUUUGUUGUUUGUGUAAACAUCGAUGGAACUGAGGCACCCACAAUGUCUUGAGUGUUGCAGAAACCACAUUGUGAAGGAACUGAACUCCGGGUGUUCAGCUGCGCAGAAACAUUGAAACUGAAAGGGAUUUGAAUCAGGAAGUGCUGAAGGUGAACAUGGCUUCCAAACGGCAGGCCCAGAGUUUAACCGAGGACAUAAUGUGUCCCAUUUGUGUGGAUUUCUUCACCGAUCCCGUCACACUGGAUUGUGGACACAACUUCUGCCGCUCCUGUAUCACCCAGAGUUGGGAAAAGCAGGCGAGCAACUCCUGCCCGGAAUGCAGAGAGCAGUUUCCAGACAGAAACCUCAGGGUAAAUCGGGCCUUUGCGAAUCUGGCUGAGAAAGUUCGAAAAUUAAGUGGGAAGCUGCAAGAGAAGGAAAGUAAAUGUCUCUGUGAGCAACAUCAGGAAGAACUGAAGCUGUUUUGUGAAACUGACAAGAAAUUGAUCUGUGUGAUUUGUAGAGAUUCCCAGGAACAUACAGAACAUCACUUCAUUUCAAUGGAAGAAGCUGUUGGAAUCUACAAGGAGAAGGUGAAAUGUUCCUUUGACUCUCUCACAAACAAGAAAGCAGCUGUUCUAGAAACGGAACAGAAACAAGGACAGAAGAUUUCUGAAAUUAGGAAACAGGCAGGCAGUCUACAGGCCCACAUCACAUCUGAGUUUGCUAAAAUGCACCAGUUUCUCACUGAGAAAGAGCAGUGUUUACUCCAAGAUCUCAGGGAAGAAGAGGAGAAGGUUCUCAAACCUAUGGAAAAAAAUCUUCGACAACUUCAGGCGAAUUUAAAUUCCAUUCAGGAGAAUCUCUCAAAGUUGCAGAAACAGAUGGAACAGAAAGAUGAAAUGUUAUUUCUGAAGGAGGAAACAUCUCGGAAGAGGAGCAUUAGCGAUGGAGGGAACGUGCUGUCAUUAGCAGAUGGUGCCCUGUCUAUCGGAAAAUUCACUGGCCUUUUCCAGUACACGGUGUGGAGAGAAAUGAUUGAUGUCAUUAAACCUGUUGCAGCCUCUCUGACCCUGGAUCAGGACACAGCCCAUCCCGAGUUCAUCGUGAAUGAGGACCGGACCAGUGUGAGACUCCGAGACAGUGCCUGUUCCUACAUCAGAGACCACUAUAUGUUUGAGAGAUUUGAUCCCUCUCUCUAUGUCUGGGGCUCAGAGGGAUUCACCUCAGGGAAACAUUACUGGGAGGUGGAGGUAGGAAAAGGGAGGGAUUGGGCUCUGGGAGUGACCCGAGAGUCUACGAAGAGAAAACCGGGAACCAUCCCUGAUCCUGAGCCUGGUUUCUGGUGUUUGUGGAAAGGUCGCUCCGGUCGUUAUUUUGCUGGUUCUUCCCCCUCAUGGAUCCUGCUCCCCCUGCCAAUGCAUCCCCAGAAGAUCGGGGUUUUCCUGGACUGUGAGGUUGGAGAGGUGUCAUUUUACAAUGUGGACAACAUGUCCCAUCUCCACACUCUCACCCAGACUUUCACUGAGAAAAUGUUUCCUGUUUUCAGUCCAGGAUUUGAUAGUGAACCGCUGAGAAUCUGUGAUAUUGAAAAUCACUGAAAGAUCCAUCUCAUAAUUUCACAGCAGAACAGACCUUCCAGUCUCCAGAGAGUCAGAGACCGGACUUAUCCGAAAGAUACACACAAUACAUCCCACCAAGAUCCCCCCCCCCCUCCGAGAGUAAAACCCCAGUCUCCUGACCGUCCAACUGCACUCUCUGUCACAGGACCAGCAUCCACCUGACCCCUGAUCUUCAACAGGACCUGAUCACACCCCCCAACAUUGGCUUCACCCCCCCCCCCCCAGACACUGACUUCACCCUUCCCAACCCUGACUUUACCCCCUGAUCCUGACUUCACCCACUGACCUUGACUUCAUCCCCUGAGCUGAAAAUGUGUU